AUGAAGAGCAUAAGCUUCGGAUUCCCCUAUGUGGAUACCUUGAAGAUCCUCGAGAAAUUUGGUCCCGGGUGUGUCUUCUACGGCAACGCUACCGAGGUUGAGCUGGACGAUAUCCAGCAUCGGCUUGAGCGUGGGGAACGAUAUUUGGCCCUCUUUUGCGAGUUUCCUGGUAACCCGUUGCUCACAUGUCCUAACCUCAAGCGCAUCCGGUCGCUCGCGGACAAGUACGACUUUGCCAUUGUGGUGGAUGAAACGAUUGGAACUUUCGCCAACGUCAACGUUCUUCAAUAUGCGGACGUGGUGGUCACCUCUCUCACCAAGUUCUUCUCUGGCGCAUGCAAUGUCACUGGAGGUUCUGCCGUCUUCAGUCCAACAGGCCGUUACUAUCCCAGUCUAAAAGCGAUCGCGGAGAGAGAGUACAAAGACACAUACUGGCCGGAGGACGUCAUCUUGAUGGAAAGGAAUAGUCGCGACUUUACUACACGCAUUCGUCAAAUGAAUAUCAACGCGGAGGCUGUUGCAAAAUUACUGCUGGCCAGUCCGUUGAUCAAGAGAGUGUAUUAUCCGAAGUACAACGGCGACAAAUCGAACUAUGAAGCCUGUAGAAUGCCUGGUGGUGGGUACGGGGCCCUAAUGUCCGUGAUGUUUCAUCGCAAGCAAGAUGCCGUCACCUUUUACGACAACAUGGAUGGAGCGAAGGGGCCUAGUCUGGGCACGAACUUCACAUUGACAUCACCCUAUGUCAUUCUUGCUCACAUGAAGGAGCUAGAAUGGGCAUCCAGUUUAGGUAUAGAUCCGUACCUUGUUCGGUUCAGCGUAGGGAUGGAAGACACAGACCAAUUGCUGGAGAUUUUCAGAAGAGCUCUUCACUCAGCAACGGGCCCGAGAAAGAGCUGCAACAUCGUCAAUUUCAUGUCACAUUCAGGUGCAGAAUGA